AUGCCACCCAAACGUACGCUGUCACCGUCACCAGGCUUGACCAAGAAACUCAAGCUUACAGACAACUUUGAGGAAUACUAUAGACCGGAUCCACGGUACUACCCUAAUCCUAUCACUUGGAAACAGGCGAAUGUGUUCAACACUGGCAAAAGACCCAAGCCUAUCGAUCUGUUGAAUCAAGGUAUCGAAAAAUCGCAAAAAGUGGAUUCUAAAGUAGGCAUCGAUACCGUGGUGCACUGGUUCAGGUCUGACCUCAGAAUAAGCGACAAUGUCGGACUUUUCCAUGCAGUAAAGAAGCUCCAAGAACAGCAGAAAAAAUCCAGCGGCCAUGAUGCACCACGACUAGUGGCCCUUUACACCAUCAAUGAACAUGACUUUAGAGCUCAUCUGGAUAGUGGCUGGAAACUGCAGUUUGCAUUGGAUGCUGUGAACAGUUUGAAAAAUGAGCUGCGUAAACUGAACGUAGCACUAGUGGUUCGUGUUUUCGAAACAAAGGACCCUUUGCUGUCACGGUCUUUGCAAUAUGCAAAAUGGUUCAAGGACCAAUGUGUUGGACUCGCCCGUAACGCUAACGACGCAGUCUUCGUGACAGCCAACGCCCAGUACGAAACUGACGAGUUGUACAGGGACGUGAAAAUUCUGGGACUCAACGACUCCCAAUUCCAUUUUCAGGUCCAUCACGACCAGUGCACGGUGAUUCCAGGUGCUCUUACCUCGGGCAAAGGCACUCAGUAUACGGUUUUCACGCCCUGGUACAAGAAAUGGGUCGAGUAUCUCAAGACGCACCAGAAAUCGGGUAAAGAUGCAGUAGCAACGUUCAGUUUCGAUACUUCCAAGCCUAUCAACGUAGACCUUGAAGAGUUAGAGUCAUACGAUUACACAUUGUCAGACGAAUUUCUCUCUUAUUUGCCCAACCAGCCUCUCGACGUCCCGGAGGCAACGGAGAAACAAGCUCAUGAAGUACUACGGCAAUUUUUCCACACUAAAAAGGCUCACGAAUACAACGAAAAGAAGGACUUCGUGGCUCUCAGUAGUACUUCUCGUCUCAGCUGUUACAUCACCAGUGGUGUUAUCAGUACGCGUGCGGUGGUAAACUACUGCUAUCAUGAAAACGGGAAUAGUUUGAUGCGUAAGGAUAUCAAGCAAAACAACUCGGUUGAGAAUUUUGCCAAAGAGGUCGCAUGGAGAGAUUUCUACAAGCACAUAAUGUGCAAUUGGCCCUAUAUCUCUAUGGACUUGGCCUUCAAGUUUGAGACGAUGGACAUCAAGUGGGAAAAUGACACGGAAAAGUUCCACAAGUGGUGCUCAGGCGAAACUGGCCUGCCCAUAGUGGAUGCUAUAAUGCGCAAGCUUUUACACACGGGGUACAUCAGUAAUCGUUGCCGCAUGAUAACGGCUUCCUUCUUGUCCAAAAACCUCCUGGUAGAUUGGCGUUGGGGGGAGCGCUGGUUCCGCAAGCACUUGAUUGACGCAGAUUUGGCUUCCAACUCUGGCGGAUGGGGGUUUUCUUCGAGCACUGGUGUAGACUGCCAACCUUACUUCCGUAUCUUCAACAUGAAGCUGCAAAGUGAAAAAUAUGAUCCCAAGGGAGUUUUCAUCAAAGAAUGGAUUCCAGAGCUGAAGGACGUUGAUAAUUUGAAAAUUCUUAGAGAGGGCAUCUCUAAUGCCCAGAUGGCGAACGGUUACUCACAGCCUAUCGUCGAUUUAAAGGAAAGCAGAGAAAGGGCCCUCGAGGCCUUUAGAGAAGCUAUGUAA